CAGUUCAGGAAGAGGUGGGUUCUUCUUGUGCAGACCAAAAAAAUUCUGAGGAAAAUGUACUAGUCUUCAGGGACCAGAGAUGUGGAACCUGCCACUGCCACUUCUUUGUAUGCCUUCACUGCAGUAUUCAGCUGCCUUAAUGAGCUGCCUGACUAGCAGAACAGACAGUGGAAUAAGGGUCUUGCGGACAAGAAUGUGCUGUGGGAUGCUAGAAGUACGUGUAUUGUGAAGAAAGGAGACUGGAUCUCCACAACUUUGAAAUUGCACUGGAAUUCAAUAAAAAGCCUUUGCAGCAUUGGAAAAGUGGCACAGCGCUCUGAAGAUGCCUCGCUCAUUGCUUCAAACUAUCUGGACAUUCAUUUUUUAACUGCUGAAGCUUUCCUAUCAUUCGCUGUCUUUCUGAAGCCUUGAUUUAUUGAGGGAUCAAAAUUUGCUCCUAUGGAAUCAAGACCAACUAAAACCAGGAAAAGAUGUAUUCAGGAUGACCCAGCUGGAAGAUUCUUCACUCUGUAGAAGUCGUCUUUUUGUUUAAUAUGUGACAUAAUUUGACUAAGUCAGUUUCAGUUUCUUAUCUUGAAAUACACUCACCUGUGGCCUUCAUCAGAAAUGAUUUUAACAUUUUCAAGAAAAAGCAUGUCCCAGAAACUGAGUUUAUUUUUACUAGUUUUUGGAAUCGUUUGGGGUUUGAUGUUGCUACGCUACACUUUCCAGUAUCCCAGACGCCAAAGCAGCAGUGAGUUACGUGAACAGAUAUUAGACCUAAGUAAAAGAUAUGUCAAAGCACUUGCAGAAGAAAAUAAAAAUUUAAUGAAUGGUGGCAGUGGAGCUUCUAUGGCAGGAUAUGCUGAUCUUAAGAGAACAAUUGCUGUUCUUCUGGAUGACAUCUUACAACGCCUGGUGAAAUUGGAAAGCAAAGUUGGUUACAUUGUUGUGAAUGGCUCAGCAGCAAAUAUGACUAAUGGAACUAGCAAUCAAGUGCAACUGGCUUCAAGUAAACGUGUAAAUGCAGCAGGCAAGGUUAGAUAGCAAACAGGGCCACAUUAUGCUGCUACAGCUAGGGUAGGUCCUAUUUAAGACAAGCUUUUUAUCUCUGGCUGGAGCGAAGCAAUAGUUGACUCUAAAAGAUGUGUACACUGCUUUAUUAUAGAAUGUGCUGGAUAUACGUAGGCCUAACUUAUGUGCAUAAGGUUCUCAAAGCAUUAUUUCGUUGCCUUUGAGCAGUUCUUCUAAAGUGAUCUUUGUUGUCUUUAAAGAUAUUUUGAUAUCAUGAUUUGGUGUAGUAUGCCAUAGGAUGCUAACAAUAAAUGGAAAGCAUUGGGAAAUGUAUAGGUAGGUUUCUAAAUAUAUUUAUUUAUAAGUGCAACAUAUCUUUUGGAUAGGUGGCAGUAUUGUAGCUUGUUCAUUUUUGUGAUCUGCUUUAAACAGAAGUAACUAAGGAAAAUGUAUUGCUAAACUGAUGUUAGAAAAUGUAUAUACUUACAGUAUUUUGUUACUCAUUUAUUUACUAACAUGAUAUUAAAUUGAAGAUAACAUUGGGGGUAAUAUUUUAAAAUUGUGACCCAAAGAAUGUCUUUAUUUGCACUAUCUGUCAGAAUAGUAGAGAGAAUUUACUGUAUAUUUAAGAAAAUCAGUUAUAAUAGGGAAAGGUCUUGGGUAGUAACACUGUCCACGUAUAUCCUUGGGCCAGAAUUAGGGCAGUUAGAUUAUGAAAAGCUAAUCAUAUAAGAUAUCACAGGUGAUGUUUAUUUCUUAAAAAGGUAUUUAAGUGUAUGUAUUUUGUAAUUGCAGGUAAAAGUUAUUUAAGUGAUGAAAUCAAUUUUGAAUAUGUGAAUACUGAUAAUUUUUGUUCACUGCUGUUUCUUUUUAAUUUUUUAGUACCUUGCAAUUUGUGAUGAAUAUAGCACACCAUCUCCCUGAACUACUUUUUUGGUUCAGGAGGGAGAGCAAUGAAUUAAAAUGAAGGAAACAUGUAUCUCUGGAUUUAAGAGAUACAUGUACUGAAUACAUCUUAUCAUGGAAUAUUUGAAAGCAAAGGUAAUAUUUGCCUUAUAUCUAAGUUAGCCUUACAGCAAAAAGAAUUGCAGAGAGUAUGCACUGUAUUUCAAAAUGUUAUUCAAGUCAUAUGAAAGGUCACUGAGUCUGUGAGUGGGGGAUUUUUUUUUUUUUAAUAUAUACUAAACCAUUAGAGAAGAGUGAGGGUAUGUUCAGGCACUUUUGCCCAAAUAUAAUGGUUAUUAGAUUUUCUUUGUGGGUUAUAUUUGGAGUGUUCUAAUCCUAUACUAAGGGGAAAAAAAAGAAAAAACAGAGGUGCUGGAUGAUAUAUCAUCCAAAGUUUCGUGGGUUUCUUUUUCUUUGCUUAUAAUCUGGUUAAAAAAAAAAGAAAGAAAGAAAGAAAGAAAAAUACACUUAGAGCCUUAGUUAGUAUCCAGCUGAUUUUUCUUCUGUCAUACUGUGUGCGAACAUGUACUUCUUUGCAGAAGGAGAAAAAUAAAUUUUUAAUUGGACUUGUGAA